AUGGUUCAUUUCAACCAGCUUUCUGGUGCCAAUACCAAUGGCCAAUUGGCACGACGUCCUGAGCAGAAGUCCUUCGGGAAACCUAUCUUGUCAAUCGUCGAGAUGUGGGCGCGUCUGCUCUCCAAUCUCAAGGCCACAACUGCGACUAUCAAACAACGCUUUGAUGAACGUGCCAGAAUCGAGAAACAGACUGGUUCUCACACAGAUGAGUGGUGUAUCAACAUCUUUCGAGAAACGUACGCGCGUAUAGAGCAUCUUUCUUCAGAGCUUGAGAUGCAGUUGGCCAUCACCCAGAACAUUGGCCAGGACAAUAUAAAGGCGACUUCGGCUAUUUCGACCUUUGUCCUUACUCCUUGGCAAAUGGAGGAACGAUAUCGCGCCCUGAUUCAGAUGCAGUCGUAUCUCGGGUCAUUCUUCGAGCGUGCAAGCCCUGGCUACGACCAUGCCAUGACCCCGUGGUUCUUCGACUCGUCGUAUUACCAGUCGGACGGCCUCAAUUAUGAUCGCUACGGUGCGCCAGAUGUCCGAGAGUCCGAAGCGCGGCUCCUACCCGCCCUCGGCCUCGGCGACGAGAAGACCCCGCUCAAGCUUCUGUUGACAUCCAGCGGUGUUGCAGCUUUCACAGUCCUGAACCAAUUUCUGCUGAGCAAGGCAGUGUCCGCCGGCGACACCAUCGUCAUCUCACCGUAUCUGUACUUUGAGUGUUUCGAGCACCUGCGGUCGAUCUCGCAUGUUCAAGUUAUCAACUCCAACACGUUCGACGCCGAAGACAUCAUUGAAACUGCGGAGAAGCACAAUGCCAAGGCAGUCUAUCUCGACCCGAUGGCUAAUACGGUUGGUUUGGAGACUACUGAUAUCCGACGCUUUGCGCAGCUUCUCUCUGACAGAGAUGGCUGGUCGGAUCGCUUCUUGGUAAUUGAUGGGACACUGAUCUCGGGAGGUAUGCCGAUCUAUGAUUGGUUUGACAGUCCCAAGCAUCCCAGGGUCCUAUAUUAUGAGUCAGCACACAAGUACAUCCAAAUGGGAAUGGAUGUUGUCAUGUGCGGCUUCCUGGUAUAUCCAGAGGUCUACCAUGAGACUCUAGGCCUCAUCCGCCAAGUCACUGGCACAACGCUCUAUUCACGCCAGGCGAAUGUGCUACCGCCUAUCGACUAUGAUAUCCAUCAGUCGCGGAUGCACUGGUUGACAGCAAACGCCGAGCGACUCUAUUCCAUUCUCAACAAGACGAGCUCCAACAUCGCCGAGUUCAAUUUCCCGACGCAAUGGCGAUCCUACGGGUGGUCGAAUGGUGGCAAUAUUGUUACCAUCAAGCUUUUCGGAGAUCAGAUGAACAAGCGUCCCAGCUUGGAUGCGUUCACAAACUUGGUGCUGAGGGCUGCAGAGGAGGAGGGCAUCGCGAUGACCAAAGGCGGUGGGCUAGGCUUUUCAGCAACCCGCAUCUGGCCGUCAACGCCAUUCAUCCGCAACGAGGACCCUUACAUGAGGAUCUCGGUGGGGCUCGAUCCCAAUGACAUUGAAGGCGUAGCGAGAGCCAUCUGCAAAGGUCUGGACAGACACUACCGUGCUUCCAAAUCUGUCAUGCUCCAGUGGAGGCUGAAGGAGAAUGGGCUGGUUAAGCAGAAUGGGCUGCUUAAGACAAACGGGACGUACCUCGAUGCUUAUAGAUAG